AUGGAGUGUGAACUGCAUCUCUCCCUAGGAUAUGAAAAUGGCCAGCUCCCUCCCCCGAGGCUGCCUUGUACAGGAGCUUCCAGGUCACCCCCCGAGAAUCGAAACCGUGUGGCGCUUUCCACACCGGCAGAGGCUGCUCCCUCCACUGAGCCCAACCAGACUCCGGACCCGCCUCCGCCUCCGAAGUCCCCUUCUCCACCCAUCCUAGUUUCUGUGGCAUCAACGUCUAACUGGUCCUUUCGCACCGACCCGGUGUCCUCCAGCCAGCCCGAAGCCAGCACCAGUGGAAGCACGGGCUCACGCGUGCGAGCCAUGGAGGCCAUAGGAGAGGAGUUCUGUUUCCUGCUAUGUCACGGCUGUAAAUUGGAAUCCAAAUGUCCCAAGCUCCUCUCCUGCUUACACACCGUCUGCUCCAAGUGCUUGGAGAGCCACGAGCCGGCCGGCCAGUGCCCCAUCUGCCGAGACUCCCAUCCUCAAGAGACCAACCUUCGCUCCAUGGACAACCUUUUCUUCGAGAGCCUGCAGCGGCGGAUCUCUGUCUACCAGAACAUCGUCCAGGGAGGGGACGAGGUGUCCUGCAACCGCUGCCGGGAGCCCGCCGACUUCUGGUGCUUCGAGUGCGAGCAGCUCAUCUGCACCCGCUGCUUCGAGGCACACCAGUGGUUUGUGAAGCACGAGGCCCGAUCCGUGGAGGAGCUGAGGAAGGAAACGGCCAAGGACUUCCUGGAUGGUACCCGUAAAUCCAACAACCUCUUUUGUCCCAACCCCACCCACCGGACUCCAUCCCUGACCAGCAUCUACUGCCGAGGGUGUGCCAAGCCCAUUUGCUGCACCUGUGCCCUCUUGGACAGCAGCCACAAGGAUCAGUACUGUGCCAUCAGCUCUGAGAUCCAACAGCGACAAGAGGAGCUGGUGAAGAUCACAUCAAACCUGAAGACCCAAGAGCAGGUCUUCAAUGAUGCCCAUGAUAAGAUUCAGUCAGCCGUCAGCCACCUGGAACAGGUGAAGAAGGAGACUGAGGAGCUGAUCCAAUCUCAGGUAAAGGUCAUGGUGGAGCAGAUCCAAGCCAAGGAGAAGGAGCUUCUAGAGACUGUGGAGAAUCAGUACCAACAGAACCACGAGCAGAUGUCGGCAAAGCUUAGGUACCUGAACAGCAUGCUUCAGCGCAUACAAAAUGGCGAGGUGUUGGUGGAAAAAUUGCAGCAUUAUGCCUCAGACCAGGAGUUCCUGGAGAUGCAUAACUUCAUCCGGGAAGCUCUGGAGCACUUCAGCAAGGAGAAGCCUCUGAACCUUCAGGCUGCAGCCAAGGUGGAAGAGUUUGCAGACUGCAAAGCCAAACUCCAGGCUCUGUAUACAAGAGUCACCAAGGAGAAAGACCCUGAAGCUGCUAAAAUUGAAAAAACUGGCAAGAAGGAGGAGCCCAUGGAGCCCACCACCUUCACCACAGAAAUUUCAGACAGCGAUUCGCAAGAUGAGAAGAAGUUGCAGAAGCCAGGACACAUUGGAGACAAUAAAACUGAACCACCACGUCCUACUGCCCCAUCGAGAAAGAGAAAAUCUGUCCAUGCCAAUAAGCCCAUCUCGAGGAAGGUGAUCAAGAAGGAAUAUGGGGAAAAUGGAAGACACAAGGCCAAUAAGGUCUUCAAGCAAACUGGGGCCAGCACCUCUGGAGCGAACCAAGCUGUGAAGCCGAAUCCCCACCACGGCCCAACAAACCCAGCCCCAAUCUCUAAAUCGCACUCCACAGAUGAGUCCAACAAUGGCAGCCGUACCUUGGUGGAGCUAGGUAGGGAGGAUAAUCCCAUUGUGAUAAUCAGCAGCUCUGAUGAGUCCGAAGAGACCGAGUCCUCCAGUGAUUUCGGGGACAGCAGUGACUCAGAAGAUAUUGUGGAAUGCACGGGCAGCACAAGGGCCCCCCUCAGCCACCCUACCAAUAACUUCAGAGAAACCAUUCAAGAAGACAGAGCCUUGGUAUUCUUUGACCUCAAGGUUGACAGCAAAACCAAGAAGAUCAGCCAGCUGGCCGCUGUAAACGGGGAGAACAAUUUCCGUAUUAUCAUCCAACAAGAGGAGGCCCUUUUCAGCCUCUUUUCCAGGGGUGUGGCCAUUGAGGACGGCCUGCAGAAUUUCCUCUGUUAUCUCCGUUCUUCCUCCCACCCCAUCCUGGCUGGCUACAAGCUCUGGUCACCCAAUCUAACUGUCUUCUUUAAGGCUCUAGAGACUUUCUCGAAAAAAGGGGAGUUCCAUGAGACAGUCUCCGGUUUCCUAGACAUCCUUCCCUUGAUCCGAGAUCGUGUGCCCGGGGCUGACAGCUACAAGCUGAAGAACCUGGUCAAGAUGUACCUGUCACGGAACAUGAACGACAACAGCGCCCUGGCCUCUGUGCGGGCCAUGCGGGAUCUCUGCAAGAUCCUACAUAUCUAUCUGGGGCAGAACAUCAAUCGCAAAGUCCUCCCCUUCUCUAACCUGGACUGCUUUGCUUCCCUACAGCCCCUGGUCCAUGUCAACGUCCUAACUCGCACCCAGGCCAAGCUCCUUGCCCUCCGGAAUGUCAGCCUCACUGAGUUGCAGGCGGCUUUCCACGAUGAUCCUGAGUGGGGACUCAGGAAAUACAGCCGCUACUUGGCUUCCCGGAGCUCCCGUUCGUUCCCUUCCCUUCUGGGGCUUAGGACCUACCUGGAGGGCCUGCUGUCUAAUCCCAAGCCAGAGGGAAAGCAGGCCACAGGUCCUCACCAGGGUCCCCCCGGAAAAGGCUCUUCCCACAUCUAG